AUGGCCUCCCAAUCCAUCACGCUCACCUACCUAACAGUCGACGUCUUCACCUCAACCCGCUACCUUGGCAACCCCCUCGCCGUCGUCCUCGUCCCGUCCUCUCAACGUCCCCAUCUCACACAGGAUGUCAAGCAGCGCAUCGCCCGCGAAUUCAACUUCUCCGAGACCGUCUUCCUGCACGUCCUCGACGACGAAGCGCGCGAUGGAUCAUCCGUCACAUCCAGGGAGAUCGACAUUUUCACCAUCGAGGAGGAACUUCCAUUUGCUGGACACCCCACGGUGGGAGCGGCGUAUUUGGUGUUGAAUCAUUUGGGUUGGAAACAUGUUGAUACGUUGGUUACUAAGGCGGGGCCGAUUGGGAUUAGACCGUUGGAGGGGGAUGGUAAGAGGGUGAAGGCUACAAUUCCGCAUGCUGUGCAUGUUCACUCGCAGACCCUCGGUGGAAUCUUGGGGAGUAAAGGGGGGGUGAGGGCGGAAACAAAGGAGUUCAUCACCGCUGCGCUAUCAGACGACCCGGAAAUCAGACACGCCGAGCUCAAUGGUCCGGCGGUGAGCAUCGUCCGCGGCAUGACGUUCUUGCUGGCUAAACUGCCUAGUCUGGAACAUCUGGCAAAGGUGUCGACGGCUAAGAGGCUGGAUUUCAGUAAAGUGAAGGGAUUGUUGGAUAAGGGCGAGUGGGAGGGCGGGUUUGUUUGCAGGUAUUAUUAUGUGCCUACUGAAGAGGAACGAAAGGAUGAGGAGACGGGCAGGAAGGAGUUCAAGUUUAGGACGAGAAUGGUGGAAUUGGGUUUUGAGGAUCCGGCUACGGGAAGCGCAGCGUGCACGCUGGCCAGUUAUUUGACGGUUAGUGGGAGAGAGACGGGAGGGGCGAGGUUUGAGCUGACGCAGGGCGUGGAGAUGGGGAGACAGAGUGAGAUUGAGGUUGAGGCGACGGCGGUGGAGGAAAUUGGUGAGGUGAAGGUGAAGGAUUUGUAUUUGGGAGGAACCGCGGUGGUGGUUAUGAAGGGAGAGAUUUAUAUGUAG